UGGCCGUCGGCGCAUGCGUAAACAUUUUACUAUACUCAGACAGAAAGUGAGACAGUAACGAGUGGCGCAUUGUUAAAUGAGUAACGCCUGUAACUCUUGGAUUUCGCCGUGUGGUUUGACUUCUACUGCUCCAAGUCGAGAUGUUUGGCUUUCAUAAGCCGAAGAUGUACCGCAGCCUUGAUGGAUGCUGCAUCUGCAGGGCAAAAUCCUCCAGCUCUCGCUUCACCGACAGCAAACGAUACGAGAGAGACUUUCAGAGCUGCUUUGGUUUAGGCGAGACUCGCUCUGGUGAAAUCUGCAAUGCUUGUGUCCUGCUGGUCAAACGCUGGAAGAAGCUGCCUGUCGGAUCCAAGAAGAAUUGGAAUCAUGUGGUUGAUGCACGAGGGGGGCCCAGUCUGAAAACGACAGUGAAGUCGAAGAAAGUCAAAUCCUUGUCCAGACGGAUCAGACCGAGCCAGAUCAGCAGAGUUCAGAAAGAACUCAAGAGACACAAUUCAGACGCUCACAGCACCACCUCCAGUGCAAGCCCUGCCCAGUCACCCAGCUACAGUAACCAAUCAGAUGAAGGCUCUGACUCCGAGUUGACUCCUGGCUCCGCCCGCUCUCCAGUCUUUUCCUUUCUGGACCUCACGUACUGGAAGAGGCAGCGGAUAUGUUGCGGCAUCAUCUACAAAGGUCGUUUCGGGGAGGUUCUGAUUGACCCUCAUCUCUACAAGCCCUGCUGCCAGAAAAAACAAGAGCAGGAGCAAGAGGAAGAGGAAGAAGAGGACGAGGAAGAGGACGAGGAGGACGGAGACCUGGAGAAAGAGGAAGUGCCGAGCAGUCAGGAAAUCCAGCCACCGCAAAUCAAAAUGGAGCAGGAAGUGGACGAGGAGUGGUGAUGCCGCCUUGUUAGGGUACUGACUUGGCAUUCUUAGGAAGCCUCGGAGAGUCCGACACUCUCAAAGACGUUCUCUCAGAUUGCCUUUCGAUUCAAGAGCAGCUGGAUCUUUUUCUCUCCGUCUUUUCCUCUUUCUUUCCCUUUUAUUUCCAGCCUUUAUUUAUUAAACUGAACUGGCUUCGUUGUUUUCCGGAGUCUGGUACCAUGCUAUUCCAGUUCAGAUUGAGUUCUUCUGUAGACUUGAGGAAUUGUUUUAGUUUGUAUGUUUGUUUUGCGAUCCCACUCAAACACAGAAUGCUGGAUUUAUGACAUCUUGCAUAGAAACGUAGAGAAUAGACUUGGACAGUGAACACAAUCCUACACUGUCACUUUUGUAGCCGCGAGCACCACUGUGCACUUCCUCUAGGCACUUCCUCUACAGCAUUUAGCUGAUGUUCCACCAUUUCUGCUGGGAUAUAGGCAUUAUUUAGGGAAGCUUUUGAUUUUUUUCUGUGUGUAUGUGAGACGAGGUUAUAUUUAAAGGGACAGGUCACCUUAAAAUUGUUUAUUCCAAACACUUUUUGAAAAAAAAAAAGUGUUAAUUAUUUUCUAAAUUAUGUUGUAAACCAGAACAGAGCGAUGUAGAGGAGAUUCAAUUAUAUUUUUAAGGUGAACUGUCAUUUUAAAUCUUAAUUUUGGCUCAGUCUGCUUGUAUUCAGCAACAAACUCAACUCUUCUCCUAGUGUUAUACUGCAAACGUUUCUCCAGACAGCGUUUCUCUAUGGAGCCAGAUCAGUCUCAAUAAUAAUGCAUUUACCAAAUAAAAUUUAUACACGCACAGCACAAUCUAUAUUGACAAAAAACUAUUCAGAAAUACCAAUCACAAUUAUAAGUGCACAAAUCCAAUUGGUAAUUUCAAAAAUGCAAAAAUGUAUAAUUGCGUGACCAACGUCUAUUCAAGAACCUGAUAUACAUAUAUGUGUAAACAUUUUAUAUGUAUUUAGGUAAGAUGCAUUUGUGUGAGCGUUGGGGAAAUGUUUAUGCUUUUUACAUGUGAAUUCAUGAAUUUACGAAUUGGAUUUGCGCAUUAUUGAAUUGUGUCUUAAAUUUACGAAUUAGAUUUGCCCAUUUAUGAAUUGUUUUAAAUUUACGAAUUGGAUUUGCGCAUUAUUGAAUUGUGUCUUAAAUUUACGAAUUGGAUUUGCCCAUUUGUGAAUUGUGUUUUGGAUUUACGAAUUAGAUUUGCGCAUUAUUGAAUUGUGUUUUGGAUUUACGAAUUGGAUUUGCGCAUUUAUUAAUUGUUUUAAAUUUACGAAUUGGAUUUGCGCAUUAAAGGAUUGUUUUACAUUUACGAAUUGGAUUUGCGCAUUAUUGAAUUGUGUUUUGGAUUUACAAAUUGGAUUUGCGCAUUAAUGAAUUGCGUUUUGGAUUUACGAAUUGGAUUUGCGCAUUUAUUAAUUGUUUUAAAUUUACGAAUUGGAUUUGCGCAUUAUUGAAUUGUGUUUUAAAUUUACGAAUUGGAUUUGCGCAUUUAUUAAUUGUUUUAAAUUUACGAAUUGGAUUUGCGCAUUAUUGAAUUGUGUUUUGGAUUUACGAAUUGGAUUUGCGUAUUUAUGAAUGGUUUUAAAUUUACGAAUUGGAUUUGCGCAAUAAAGAAUUGUGUUUUGGAUUUCCGAAGUUUUUUUUGUAAAUGUGAAUUGUGUUGUGCACGUAUUAAUUUUUUAUUUCGUAAAUGUAUUAUUAUUGAGACUGAUCUGGCUCCAUAUUUCUCUGGUGCUGAGGCAGACUGGGCACGGCCAACCAAAUAUAAUGCCUGGUCAUCAACUAUCUUGUAUUCAGUGUAUUAGUGUAAAUAUCCAAAAAGUGUAGAUUUGAGGUAUUUGGAAGAGAUCAUCGUCGAGCAUGAACGCCUAGGAAACUCUUGUCUUGAUGAAAAUCUGCAUGACGUUUGCAUGGAAGAUUGUUUAAUUCCUUAAGCAACCAUGUUGCAACAAUAACAAUUUGGGCACAUUUUGAGACAGUCCCAAUAUAUUUUUGUAGAUAAUUCAAGAAAAGAACAAAAAUGAAAUUUGGCUGCUGUUUAAUUAAAACAGGGGUUUAAUUAUUCUUAAGAAUUGGAUAUUUUCAAUAUUGUCUCAUUGAAAGCCAAAAAGCCCAGUGAUUUUUUUUGCUAUUUAUCUUAUAUACGUGUUCAUAUAUACCUCUUUAUCUCUCCCUCUUUGCCUUUUGUAAAUACAGUAUUCUUGUAACGACUUCUUUUUUAGUGUCAUGAAAGAUUUGAGCACAUGUUCUUAUUUUAUUUCUUCUUUUUUGCCCGGGGAAAACUUUUUCAAAUACUGAAAGGCUGAACCAAUGUACAUUUUCACUAUAAGCGUUCAUAUAUAAGGAGUAUUCAUACGUUUUCCCCUAUAUGGUCCAGUAGGUCUGUCCUGCCUUUAUAAUUGUAUUGUUUAUGAUAGCCUUUGCUGUCUUGGAUUGUAUAAAAGAAUAAUGUUGAAGCACACAUACUUCUGUUUGAUUCCAGGGGGUGGCGCUAGAGAGCUUCGUUAAAAAAAAACACUCGAUUGCACAUUAAUUUGAAUUCUGUCUUAUUUAAUAUCUGCUCAGUUUUGAAAUGGGUAAUUUGAUGGUGGCAGCUUGUGGUUUAAGUGUGAAUAUGCCAUAUCACAGAAUGACAUGAAUGAACAACGACUGUAUUGGUAACAUCUGUUCAGGUGAAGCAGCUACACGGGGGAAAUGGUGUCAUCUCUAUGACGGCGUUAUUUGUAAAUAUAAGAUAUGUAAGACUGAACAAUGGUUAUUUUGAAUACUCUUUUUGUCUUAUUUAUUUCAUAUUUAUUUGUCUUGUGGUCUUUUUUUCUGUUUAAAAAUCAUCAGUUUGUCGUAUAGGGCUGACUUGUCCUUACAACACUGCAAUACGGACGGACUGAAAAUGCUUUUACACAGAGGGUAUGCCGAAAUUCACUAAAUAUUAUGGAGAAAUUCAGGACUGGACAGCUGUUAAACACGUUUGUGUGUGCGUGUGUGUGUGUGUGCUAAGUAUAGCUAUUUUAUUUGACUAUUUUUAUACUUUUGUUUGAGGGUUUCUAUUGCCCGAAUCCCUUUGCUUAGACUAUAGUUGUAGUGCUACAGGCAUGUAUCGUAGCUAUGCACUUUGUAUUCACAUUACUAGAGAUAUAUGAAGCAGGUUUUGUAUUUUUUUACAUAUUGUACUUUUUACUUGUUCCUCAAUAAAUGUAACUUGUGAUGAUUA